CGGCGGCGGCGGCGGGUGCAGCGGGGAGGAUGGUCGUGAGUUGGGGUGUGGUGUUGCGGGCGGUGGUGUUGGUGGAGGCGGCGUGUUCGUUGGUGGUUGGUCAGGUGCGGUACUCGGUGCCGGAGGAAGCCAAGGCCGGGACGGUGGUGGGCCGUCUGGCGCAGGACCUGGGCCUGGAGGCGGUGGAUGGGGAGGGUGGUCGGCUGCGCCUGGUGUCGCCGGGCCGCGGGUGGAGCGUGGAGGUGAGCGGGGCGAGCGGGGCGCUGGUGGUGAGCUCGCGGCUGGACCGGGAGGAGCUGUGCGGGAAGAGCGCGCCGUGCGCCCUGCGGCUGGAGGUGCUGGUGGAGCGGCCGCUGCGCGUCUUCCACGUGGAGCUGGAGGUGACCGACAUCAACGACAACGCCCCGGUCUUCCGCGUUAACGAAGAAGCCUUUAGCAUCGCGGAAUCGUCUCUGCCGGGUUCUCGUUUCCCGCUGGAGGGCGCGUCGGAUGCAGAUGUGGGCGCCAACGCGCAGCUCUCCUACACACUCAGCCCCAGCGAGUACUUCGCUCUUGAUGAUCAGGGUAAUAACGACCAGAGAGCGUCUUUAGCUCUUAUUCUAACGAAACCGCUAGACCGCGAGACGUUGCCUGUGCACCAGUUGGUGUUGACGGCGAGUGACGGGGGCCGUCCGUCGCUGACGGGCACGAUGGAGCUGAAAAACCGCGGAGCUUGUCAGCCGAGCGGGCAGAGCCACGACCUGUCAUUCCCCGACCGGAGCCCCGCUGCGGAACCCGGGAAUGCGGUAGGAAAAGGCUGCCCGCAGAAGCAGACGCGGUCGGACACCAGGUGCCGCUGUUGGCCGCGAAGGCGCCCGGGGAGCCGUGCGGGACCCGGGCGGGUGCCGGCGGCGGCGGCGGCGGGUGCAGCGGGGAGGAUGGUCGUGAGUUGGGGUGUGGUGUUGCGGGCGGUGGUGUUGGUGGAGGCGGCGUGUUCGUUGGUGGUUGGUCAGGUGCGGUACUCGGUGCCGGAGGAAGCCAAGGCCGGGACGGUGGUGGGCCGUCUGGCGCAGGACCUGGGCCUGGAGGCGGUGGAUGGGGAGGGUGGUCGGCUGCGCCUGGUGUCGCCGGGCCGCGGGUGGAGCGUGGAGGUGAGCGGGGCGAGCGGGGCGCUGGUGGUGAGCUCGCGGCUGGACCGGGAGGAGCUGUGCGGGAAGAGCGCGCCGUGCGCCCUGCGGCUGGAGGUGCUGGUGGAGCGGCCGCUGCGCGUCUUCCACGUGGAGCUGGAGGUGACCGACAUCAACGACAACGCCCCGGUCUUCCGCGUUAACGAAGAAGCCUUUAGCAUCGCGGAAUCGUCUCUGCCGGGUUCUCGUUUCCCGCUGGAGGGCGCGUCGGAUGCAGAUGUGGGCGCCAACGCGCAGCUCUCCUACACACUCAGCCCCAGCGAGUACUUCGCUCUUGAUGAUCAGGGUAAUAACGACCAGAGAGCGUCUUUAGCUCUUAUUCUAACGAAACCGCUAGACCGCGAGACGUUGCCUGUGCACCAGUUGGUGUUGACGGCGAGUGACGGGGGCCGUCCGUCGCUGACGGGCACGAUGGAGCUGGUGAUCUCGGUGCUGGACGCCAACGACAACGCGCCCCAGUUCAACCAGUCGGUUUAUAAUGUGAAAGUCUUAGAGGGUGCAGAGCCCGGAACUCUGUUAAUCACACUCAGUGCCACGGACUUGGACGAAGGGAUCAAUAGUGAAAUUGUAUAUUUAUUUAGUAGGCACGUCACUGAAGAAAUUAAAGAAAUGUUCUCUAUCGACGGAAACAAAGGAGAAAUCAGACUAAAAAGAAAAUUAGACUACGAAGAAAUGGAUAAUUACGAGCUCAUGGUAGAAGCAAGAGAUAAAGGCUCCCCUCUGUUAUCGGGCCACUGCAAGGUGGUGUUGGAGGUGCACACUAACUCGCGUAGUAAAACUCUGUUUCUGGUGCUGACGAAAUCUCUGGACCGCGAGACGGUUCCUGUGCACCGGUUGGUGUUGACGGCGAGUGACGGGGGCCGUCCGUCGCUGACGGGCACGAUGGAGCUGGUGAUCUCGGUGCUGGACGCCAACGACAACGCGCCCCAGGUGCUGCCGUCGUCGGUGGGCGGUGGCUGGGGCGGCUCGUCGUCGGAGGCGUCGCCGGUGGAGGCGGCGGCGGGGUCGCUGUGGGCGUGGGCGUCGUGGGGCGCGCCGGCGGGUCAGGUGGUGGCGAAGAUCCGUGCGGUGGACGCGGACUCGGGCUACAACGCGUGGCUGCGGUACGAGUUGUGGGAGCCGCGUGGGAAGGGCCCGUUCCGCGUGGGUCUGUACAGCGGCGAGGUGACGACGUCGCGGGCGCUGGAGGAGGCGGACGGUCCGCGUCAGAGGCUGGUGAUCGUGGUGCGGGACCACGGGGAGCCGUCGCGCUCGGCCACGGCCACGCUGAGCGUGUCGCUGGUGGAGGGCGGCGAGGGAGCGGCGUCGGCGUCGGGGGGCUCUUCGUCGUUGUCGGGUGUGCGUCCGUGGUCGGGGUCGGAGGGCGUUGGGUCGUCGUCGGGAGCGUCGUCGACGAACGUGUGGCUGGUGGUGGCGAUCUGCGCGGUGUCGAGCGUGUUCCUGCUGGCGGUGGUGCUGUACGGGGCGUCGCGGUGGGCGCCGCGGGCGGCCGUGCUGUCGGGGGCCGGUCCGGCGACGCUGGUGUGCGCCAGCGAAGUGGGGAGCUGGUCGUACUCGCAGCGCCAGAGCCGGAGCCUGUGCGUGGCGGAGGGCGCGGGCAAGAGCGACCUGAUGGUUUUCAGCCCCAACUUCCCGCCGCCGCCGCCCGGCCCCGCGGUAGCAAACGGUUCUCUCGGGAAGGGUCCGUCUCUCUCCCCUCUUGCUUCAGGCGUGCCAAAACACCCCAAUCCUGACUGGCGCUACUCUGCAUCCCUAAGGGCAGGAAUGCAAAGUGCUGUACAUGUGGAGGAGGCAGGAGUCCUUCGUGGAGGACCAGGAGGGCCUGAUCAGCAGUGGCCAACAGUCUCCAGUGCUACUACAGGGUUUGCAGGAAGACACAGCUUUGAAGGGUGCAUAACUGUUGAGUUUGCAUUUGAAAAUGUCACCACAAGUACACUCUAA